GAGAAAGUCGGCGAGGGGGCGGUUCGUCGUGAAGGCUGUUGGACUGAUGCACACGCAUUCUGUUCGAUAUCACCCAAAGAACUUCGCACUGGAAGCGUAAUCAUGGCGCCAAAGAAUCAAGCAGCCAAUGGCAAGGCUUCCCAUAACACAGAAAGGGAAUUUGGAGGAACCCUCGGAGCCGUUUGCAUUCCCAUCUUUCUCCCAUUGACGGUGCUUUUCCUGAUCUGCGUGAGUCGAUCCCCUGAGGGGGCUGUACUCCAGUGGCCCCCACCUUUCCCCUCCGUGGACCAGCUGUGGGACCCUGUGGCCCCCCUCCUCUUUCUGGGAUGGAUAUUUCUUCAUGCUGUCAUCUAUUUGUUGCCAUUAGGAAAGGUCUCUGAGGGAUUAGUGCUGCGAGAUGGAACACGCCUCAAGUAUCCAAUCAACGGUUUUCACAGCCUGUGCAUCAGUGGCGUGUUACUGAUGCUGCUUCUGAUGCUCCAGGCUCCUCUGGGGCAUCUGUUCCAGCUGAUGUUGCCCCUGGCUGUGUGUGCAAUAGGAGCCUCCUUCGUGCUCUCCGCCUACCUCUACCUGCGCUCCUUUUUGGCUCCUCCUCAUGCUCUGGCAUCGGGGGGCACCACAGGAAAUCCUCUCUAUGACUUCUUUAUUGGACGGGAGUUAAACCCACGGAUUGGUCAUUUUGACCUGAAAUAUUUCUGCGAGCUCAGACCGGGUCUGAUUGGCUGGGUGGUCAUAAACUUCAGCAUGCUGAUGAAAGAGGUGGAACUUGCAGGUUCGCCCUCGCUGGCCAUGAUCCUGGUCAAUGUUUUUCAGUUGUUGUAUGUGGCUGACGCCCUGUGGAACGAGGAGGCGGUUCUGACCACCAUGGACAUAGUGCACGACGGUUUUGGUUUCAUGCUGGUCUUUGGAGACCUGGCCUGGGUUCCCUUCACGUACGGCCUGCAGGCGGCCUUUCUGGUCGGACAUCCCCAAGCUCUAAGCCCACUGGGGGCUGCAGCAAUAAUAACACUGAAUGGCAUCGGAUAUUACAUUUUCAGAAAAUCCAACUCACAGAAGAAUCAGUUUCGGAGAAACCCUGCACAUCCAAGUGUUGCACGGCUGGAGACCAUCGCCACAUCAACAGGGAAGCGUUUGCUGGUGUCUGGCUGGUGGGGGCUGGUUCGUCAUCCCAAUUACUUGGGCGACCUCCUCAUGGCCUUGGCAUGGUCUCUGCCGUGUGGUUUCUCACAUCUUCUGCCGUACUUCUACGUGAUAUAUUUCACCGUCUUGCUGGUUCACCGCGAGGCCCGUGACGAGAGACAGUGUCGGGCCAAAUAUGGGCUUGCAUGGGACACGUACUGCCGACGAGUCCCCUACAGGAUCCUCCCGUAUAUUUACUGACAGGUAAAUUAAGAAGCCCACGGAGAGACCAAACUGUCCACUGAUGCCUUUUGUAAGUCUGCUUUCACACAUUUGAAUCGCUUUCCAGUUACAGCCCAAUUUGCUUUUUUUUUUUUUUUUUUACACUGGGGGCCAACCAAAUGACAUGUUUCAUUUCAAUAUGGAUGCUUCUUUAGCAACGUCCAAUCUAAUCAGGUUGCUGUCAAUUGGAAGAAUGUUUAUAAUGAGUCCUAUGUCAAUAUUUGUACAUGCUUGAGCACCUCGAUGAGGGUAUGACACAAUAAAGUAUCAUAUAAUA